CCGACGCGCGAGUGGCAGCCUGGCGCUCUGAUUCGCCGAGGAGAGAGAGCCUGACUCCGAAUGAUGGCGUCUGCUUCGUAGUUGGUGCGAGUGUUGUCGUUGAUUUGUCUGAGCUCGCGUUAAAUCUGGUGGUUUCAAGUUUCAUAAACGCGUGUGGAAAAUACCUCCGUCACUUUUUCCAACUGUGGUGCAAGAGUAGAGCCCAGAACUUUUAUCUCCGGACUCAAUUCUCGGCUCUUCAUCUUUGGCGGUAUUUUUGUUGUUCUGACCAGCGGACUGACGCCAUGUUGUGUGAUUGUUUACGCUAGAGGAAAUUCUGGAAGUAUUUCGUGCUAUUUCAGCCAAGGGCUUUGUCAAAAGGCCUCCUUUCUGUGGUUCAUCAGGAUUAAAGCCACCUAUCAACGUCGCCUUUCUGCUGAGGUUUGAACUCAGGAAAUAAUGAUGGGAUUUGAUGCUGCCAUUAUGAUGAGCCGUACAUUCCUGAAAUCGCCACAAGUAACAACAUUAAACUGGAUUGGUCCUUAAAGCUUUGGAGUUCUAGUUAAUGUUGUUUCCGUUUGCUUGUAUACCCUCUUUGCAAUUGUACUUGUGGGGGCCCAGGAUUGAACACCUACGAGUUGGGGAGUUGCAAUAAUGUGGUUGCGCAGUGAACAGCGCGAAACAUAUAGAAGGGGGCGUCGAACAAAAAAGUCCGGUCCCAGUAUAAGCAGUGGAUCUGCAAGUUCAAGUCCAAGAAAAAGCAAUUCUGAACUUGGUGUUACCAGUUCAGGGCGUUCCACCAAGAUUUCUCGCUGUCGGCGGCGAUCGAGAAACCUUCUUCAAGAAAAUUGUUGUGAAAACGUGCUUCCACAAGAAACUCCGGACGACGUGUGUCACAAGACGUGCAGUGUGAAGACUGGAAGCAGCAGCAAAACUGAGCCCUGCCUACCAGUUCCAGGAACAUCUGUUCUUUCAAUUGAUUCCAACAUGUGUGAAGAAAGCAAAGAAAAUUCAAUGCCUGUUGCAACUGCCCCACCCUCUGAUUCUACUGUUUUUAACGUUUAUCAAACUGAUGACACCCCAACCGAUGUUGACAUUGAUCUGACAUGCUUACUUGAAGAGGAAGCCAAAGCUGGUAAUUCAGAAUUAGCGUUGCAGUGCUAUGCAAUGGCUGCUGCAGUUGUUGCACAGCAGCAACAGGAAGAGGAAGAACAAAAAAGAGCUCAGCAAAAUCAACUGCAACUGGAUGUAGUUAAUUCUCUCCAUGUUAUGAAUAAUAAUUCUGCUGGUGAAGACGAUGAUGAUACAAGAGAUUUAUCAUGUUAUGAAGAUACAUCCACCAUGAACAAAGAUGGAACAAUGAUGACUCAAGUUCAACCUGAAACCUCAGGGUCAUGUGAGGAAGAGUGGGAGCCAUUUGAUCCCUAUCAGUUCAUAAAACAGUUGCCUCCUCUCACCAAUGAAAUGCGCUCUCGUUGUCCAGCUUUGCCUUUGAAAACUCGCAGCAGCCCUGAAUUUUCUCUUGUUCUUGAUUUGGAUGAAACCUUGGUGCACUGCAGCCUUCAAGAGCUUGAAGGUGCAGCAUUUUCUUUUCCAGUGCUUUUUCAAGAAUGCUCUUACACAGUUUUUGUGCGCACAAGGCCAUAUUUUAAGGAAUUCUUGGAACGAUGCUCACGGUUGUUUGAGGUAAUACUCUUUACGGCCUCAAAGCGUGUUUAUGCUGACAAGCUGCUGAAUCUGUUGGAUCCAAGAAGAGAACUCAUCAAGUAUCGACUUUUUCGAGAACAUUGUGUUUGUGUGCAAGGAAACUAUGUUAAGGAUUUGUCCAUUCUAGGCCGUGAUCUCUCACGAACAAUUAUUGUGGACAAUUCUCCGCAAGCUUUUGGCUAUCAGCUGGAAAAUGGAAUUCCCAUUGAAAGUUGGUUUGUGGACAGAUCUGACAAAGAGUUGUUGAAGCUUUUGCCCUUCCUUGAAAGCUUGGUUUCUAAAAAUGAGGAUGUACGUCCACACAUUCGGGAUAAGUAUCGCCUUUUUAGACUUCUUCCUCCUGAUUAAAUCAAAAUUAAUUUACUUGUAUCACAUCUGUUCUGUUUGGCGGUGUAGUGAGUGUGAAAAGAAAAUGACACCAUCAUUGAGAUGUUAAGCCAACAUUUUAAAUGACGUUUUAUGUACUUUAAAUGUUUUAAAAUAUUUAUGAACAUGUAUCACUAUAGUGCUUGUAAACUAUCCUAUGAAUGUUUACCCUUUUAGUCAAUAUUUUUCUUUCCUUUAGAUUGUAUGCAUUUCAGUUAUUUACUUAUUGUAGUGAGAAUUUUAUAACAUUUUACGUUCUUUUUUUUUUAUGAAUGGUUUAUGAUUUAUAUCAUCACACUUCUGUUGUAAUACUUUAUAACAAUGUUGCUUUUUACAUGUCUAAAACUGCAUGAUUUUUGUCUCAUGCUUGUAUUUUAGAGUUGCCAUUAUUUACAAGAGUUCAUGCUUAGAAUCGUUACCAAUUGCUGAUUCUUCUGCUGAUCUCGUAAAUCGUUCUAUAUCUUUGAAGUGUAUAUAUUUAUCCUUUCACAGAUGUGUUAUUUUGACUUUUACAAAUAUGACACGCAUACCCACUCUUAGUCAUGUGCAUCUAUCAAAAUAAAUAAUAAUUAAAUUUUAUUAUAUACAAAUGUUAACAAAUGUAUAGAAUGUGUGUACAGAUGUUAUUUUAGCUCGACAGUUAUAGUAUUAGUCAUAGUUUCUGAAACUGUUAAAAUUAGAUUGAAGAAAUUCAAUUAAUGUAGUUGUAAUUGAAUUGGCCAUGGCCCGUGGCAGAGACUUACACUCAAAUUUGCUUCAAUGUCAGGUGGUUGUUAUCGAUCUCAGUGUUCAUUCAUGGAAGUUAUUUAUUACUGGCUCAUAAUUCAGUUGGAUCAUCACAUAUUGCAAUUGAUGUAGUGUUUGAAAACUGGCAGUAAUGCUGCUAAUCCAGACAUUCUACUUUUGGUCACAUUUCUCACAUAGUAGUGCUAAGAAAGAGAUUAAUCCCUACAGGGAUUAAUCAGGAUGUUAGUCAUCCCUUAACUAUAAAGCUAAAUGAGUCUGUGAUAGGAAUUCUUUAUUUUUAUGUUUUGUUUAUUUUAUGAAUAAGUUUUAUUUGUCGUGUCACAUAUUGGAAUUGUUGUUCCAUGAUUUUGUCUGUGAGUAUAUUUUAUGAUGAUGAAUGAUCUCCCAUAGUCUCCAUAAAAGUUUUCUAGGUGGUGAGCUUCUUUGAAAAUGGUGAGAGGUGUGCAUAAAUUGUGGGUUCUUGUGUAACUGGUAUUCGAAGAGUUUAAAGGGUAGGCAGGCAACCUGUCUAUUCAAUUAAAGAAAUCUUUUUAUGAUAUUCUAUACACAACAUUUUUACAAAGUGGCUUUUAAGUUACAUUUCUUGGGAUGUGUAAAAAAAACAUCUUUAACACCAUUUUGGCACCCUGAAUUAUGCAUACUUCUCUUGGGAGGUUGAAGGGGUAUUUUUGGCAUUCAUCAUUUUCUUGCGACACUGUCACCUACCUGGCUAAUUUUUUCCGUGCUGUGUGUCUGUGGGUCUUCAUAAUGUGUUAAGAUAUGUGUAUGUGCACCUCUUAUUGCAUUGCUGUAUUCAUUGUUUGUGCUGUAUGAACAUGAUUAAGUACAAGCAGUACAAUUGUCAGGUAAUUUGAGGCAAACAUAGUAGUUUCUAUCUAAACUAAAAAAAAAGGGUCUUAGGAAAUUCAGUUUGCUCAUCUAAAUUUAUGAAAAAUGAGCAUUUUGUAAUUACAGUUUGUUUCAAAACUCCAUCUCCUGAUUAUUUUUUUAAGAUUUCAAGGUAUGUGAAGUGCCUUGAUUCUACCCUGGACAUCAUCAUUUGUCCUGCAUUAAAAUAGAUCAUUUUAAUGUUAUCUGUUGAACAGAAAAGUAGCUUAAAAGUGGUCUAAAUAAUUCCAUUACUUUCUAAUAAAAAUCUGGUUUUUACAUACAUGCUAACUGACUCACUUGAUUUGGAUCAGCUUUGGGAGCUGGACUCCUUUUCUGCCUUUCAUGUUAAAACAAACAUAUGGCUUUUUUAUGUACUUCCACUACCUAAACUUGUAGUCCACAAUAGGGUGAUGAAGUCUGGAGACAUGAAUUAAUUUUUUCCGAUGGACAACAAAAACAUAAUUUCAGAUUUCUAGAUCAUUUCUUUGCAAGUUUUUGCUUCACUUACUUACACAGCACUAUGGAAUCUUUCUUGUUUUGGCAUAGCACAAUACGAGACCAUUGGUGAUACACCCACUAACCAGGUAAUAUAUUUUCUUAUAGUACAAAUUGUAAAGUAAAGGUUACCAUUAUUAUAAAUUUCUCAAUUUAUAUUUUUUAUUUUGAAUCCACUUUCUGAAGAGUACCUUGUUAAGAGAUAACAAUUAUCAUAGUAUGGCGUUCUUAUGAAUGUGAAUAGUGUAUGUGCAUUCUCUUAUUGGAGGAAAUAUCUGUUGUGCUGUCUGUAUCUCGUCAGGGACAGAACUUGUGAUUACACCCUCUUUAAAUCAGGACCUUCGUGGUCUCAGUGAAGACUUAACAAGUUAAUUAGAUGAUUGAUUAAUGUGACCACUUAGCCAGUUUCACAAUCUCAGUUUUUUAGUAUUACUACUCAGACAAACAUGUAUGUGAAACAUGGUUGUUGUCCGGUCUGCUUUAAAGUACGAAUGUAGUUGAAACAGCAGUUUAAACUUCUAUCAUUACCCUCUCUUGAGGAUUCAAAUUAAAGUUGCUUGCACUGCUUACUAUGGAUGUUUAAUUCCUGAAACCCAUGUUAUCUGAGAGGUGAAACUUGUAGGUCUGUUAAUUAAUGAGGUAAUUAAUUGUGUUUAUUAAUCUAAUGCGCUACAUAGACACAUAUGCAUGGAUAGGAAGUAGGAUAAGUAUAGAUUAUGAAAUGAGAGACCUUUUAUUAAUCAAUAAAUUUGUUAGUUCAAAUAUUGUUUUGGCGCUUUUUGGGACUUUAUUAAUGGGUUCUGGAAGUUGUUCUUCAGUUACUUUCUCUGUCUAUGUUAAUAAAUGGAGUUGAUUGACUUGCCUAUGGAAGGUUUCUUAGGCCAUAAUUAUCUUACCAAUCCAAAUUCCAGUCAGGAAAUUUCAUUUGCAAUUCUGUUUGAUUUGACUUUUCUUUAUCGUGUCCAUCUUAACGUUAACUUUAAAAAUUUAUGUUCUUUCUAACCACUAUGAUUCCAUCACAUCAUCUUUCAUAACGUUGUUAUUGUUUAUUUUGUCAUCUAGUGAUGCAAUGGCAUAUUAUGUGUUAGUUAUUUGUAGCUUGUCUGUUUAAAAUUAAAAUAAAAGGAUGAAAAUGUA